CAGCUGUACUCCUCGGCUAAGCUAACAGGCUCACGUCAGCGGUGAAAAUAUCAGGAUCCGCUGACCAGCAGAAGCACCUCGUAGGACAUUCCUUGAAUCGGAAUUCAACAUGGGUAAAGGUGGAGGCACUUUCGAGAGGCUUCUUGAUAAAGCAACCAGUCAGCUGCUCCUGGAGACUGACUGGGAAUCCAUUCUUCAAAUCUGUGACCUCAUUCGGCAAGGAGACACACAAGCUAAAUAUGCUAUUGCAGCCAUUAAGAAGAAACUGAAUGACAAAAAUCCCCACGUGGCUCUUUAUGCGCUUGAGGUUCUAGAGUCGGUGGUGAAGAACUGCGGGCAGACGGUGCACGAUGAGGUUGCGAGUAAACAAACUAUGGAAGAACUCAAGGAUCUGUUCAAGAAACAGACAGAACCAAAUGUCAGGAACAAGAUUCUUUACCUGAUCCAAGCCUGGGCUCAUGCCUUCCGCAACGAACCCAAAUACAAGGUGGUUCAGGACACCUAUCAGAUCCUUAAAGUGGAAGGUCAUGCGUUUCCUGAGUUCAAGGAGAGUGAUGCCAUGUUUGCAGCAGAGAGAGCCCCUGAUUGGGUUGACGCUGAGGAGUGCCACAGGUGCAGAGUUCAAUUCGGAGUUAUGACCAGAAAGCACCAUUGUCGAGCCUGUGGGCAGAUUUUCUGUGGGAAGUGUUCGUCUAAGUACUCCACCAUUCCAAAGUUUGGCAUCGAGAAGGAAGUGCGUGUGUGUGAGCCUUGCUUUGAGCUGUUAAACAACCACCCCUCCCUCUCUCCUCCACUUAGGAAAGCUGAAGGUAAAGCCCCCGCUUCAACUGCAACCGAGCUUCCUCCUGAGUACCUGACCAGCCCACUGUCCCAACAGUCUCAGGCUUCUGUUCUUGACCAGAUGCCCCCUAAGAGAGAUGAGGCUGCCCUGCAGGAGGAGGAAGAGUUGCAGCUGGCUAUUGCUCUUUCCCAAAGUGAAGCAGAAGAGAAAGAGCGCAUGAGACAGAAAAACUCAUACUCCAUGUAUCCCAAGGCUGAUCCUACUCCAGUGACUUCCUCUGCACCUCCAGUCAGCACCCUUUACACUUCACCAGUGAACUCCUCUGCCCCGUCUGCUGAAGAGGUGGACCCUGAGUUGGCCCGCUACCUGAAUAGAACCUACUGGGAAAAGAAGCAGGAAGAUGCUCGGAAGAGCCCCACCCCCUCGGCCCCUGCCCCCGUGUCUCUGGCAGAGACCCUUCCACCAGUCAGCCAGCCUGUUGAAAGUCACCUUCCUGUUCAGCCUGUCAGCAUAGUGGAGCAGCCGUACCAGAACGGUGAAUCUGAGGAGAACCACGAGCAGUUUCUCAAGGCUCUGCAGAACGCUGUUACUACUUUCCUGAACCGCAUGAAGAGCAACCACAUGCGUGGCCGCAGCAUUACCAACGAUAGCGCUGUGCUAUCGCUCUUCCAGUCCAUCAACAACAUGCAUCCUCAGCUGCUGGACAUCCUAAACCAGCUGGACGAAAAGAGAUUGUACUACGAGGGGCUGCAGGAUAAGUUGGCACAGGUGCGCGACGCUCGGGCUGCCCUCAACGCGCUUCGUGACGAACACAGAGAGAAGCUGCGCAGAGCUGCAGAGGAGGCCGAGAGACAAAGACAGAUCCAACUUGCACAGAAGUUGGAGAUCAUGAGGCAGAAAAAGCAGGAGUACCUGGAGAUGCAGAGACAGCUGGCCAUUCAGCGCCUCCAGGAGCAGGAGAAGGAGAGGCAGAUGCGUUUGGAGCAACAGAAGCACACAAUUCAAAUGAGAGCUCAGAUGCCUGCUUUCCCUCUGCCCUACGCCCAGAUGCAGUCUUUGCCUCCUAAUGUAGCUGGAGGGCAUGUAUACCAGCCUGGUGGUCCACCAAGCUACCCUGGCACUUUCAGCCCUGCUGGUUCUGUGGAGGGCUCACCUAUGCACAACAUGUAUAUGAGUCAGCCUGGGCAGAACGCACCUGUACCAGGACAGUACCAGGCUAUGCCUCCGCCUGCCACAGACCCCAGUAUGGUAAAUGCUUACAUGUAUCAGGCUGCAGGCACCAAUGGGCAGCCUCCUCCUGGCCAGGCCCCACCCACAACCAGCCCACCGUACUCCAACUAUCAGCCCACACCCACUCAGGCCUACCAGAAUGUGGUCUCCCAAGCCCAAAGUAUACCCCCCAUGUCGCAAGCAGCCCCCACCAAUGGGAUGGCUUACAUGAGUUACCAACCAUACAACAUGCAGAACAUGAUCUCGGCGUUGCCAGGACAGGACCCCAACAUGCCUCCCUCACAGCCCUACAUGCAGGGACAGCAGCCCAUGUACCAGCAGGUUGCUCCCCCUGGUGGCCAGCCCCAGGCACAGCAGCAGCAGCCCCAGGCACAACAGCAAGUGCCUCAAGCAAUCCCUGGCAGUGCAGAAGCAGAGCUCAUCUCCUUCGACUGAAAACUUCCAGGCUGCGAUGUUUCACACACUACACCUUCUUUCUUCUUUUCACACCUCUCUCCUAGACACAGAGGAUUCCUUUUGGAAACAGAAACUUAAUUCCAACCUUGCUGUGAUGUUGUGGCAAAGUGAAAUAUUGUGAUGAUGUUGCAGAACUUUUGGUCUCUUUGCUUCUCCCCCCCCCAAUGAGGUGAGAGAGUAGAGGGGGGGUAAAGGUGCUACAGAGAACCCCAUAACCCAGACCCUUCAUCUUUCAGCUGACAUGUAUGUAGUGUUUCUUUAUUAAAUGAACGACUAAAGCGCAAAAAUAGUCUCUGGUAUUCAAGACAAUAUGAUCCUGUUUAGACGACAAAAAUAAGACAGAAGCAUCUUUUUUUCUCCCUAUUUUUCUAAAAAGAAAUCAUUAGCAUGUUGAACUGAUUUUAUGUUCUGGAAUGAAAGUGACAUAUUGCAGCCAGUUUUGUCACUGAUUGAGGAAACGUCUGUAAACAGUGAUUAAGAAGGUGUAGAUCUCUAAAGGGAGGAGUUGGUGAAAGCUGUCCAUCUUAUCUAGUCAAAUUUGGGUCCUUACAUUUUAGGAUUUAUUUGUUAUGCGAUGCUUGGAGUGUGUCUACAAUCAGUAAUUGGAUUAUAAACUAUACUAAGUGUUGUCUAACCGUUGUUACAUAAUUAAAGAACAGCUUUUUACCAUUGGUUACCAAUAAAAACUAAAAUCAGCCUGUGGACCCUAACCAUGACAUGUAUUCACAUUAUUGAUGUGAAUGCAUGAGCAUUCUGGUGUAAUAAUCCCAUGUAAAUUGAGCUGCAGAGAAAAUUCAGGUAGGCACUCUUUCUCAAGUGUACUUGUUUUCCUUAUUUUGUUUUUAGAAAUGUGGAAAUGCUUAUAGAAUGAAACGUGCUGCAUGUAUGUAUCACACUUUCUGUAUCUCUUCAGUUUCCACGUGUGAACUUCUUUAAUUCCAGCAUACUGAUCUGUCUGACUUUAAAGUAAUUUUAAAAUUAUAUUUAAUAAACAUCAGAUUCUUACUGUC